CUGACUUAUUCUGGCAUGGUCUUUAUUUUUAGAAAUGUUUUUCAGAGGCACUUUUCACAGCAUAUGAUUGGAAUUUCUAUCUUGAAUGUGGCUCUAUAACGAGAAAGCUCCUAUAUUAGAUACUAUACUACUAUACUACAGCUAGUACUAUGCUGUAGCAUCAAAGGCGUAGGAAAACCCAAUUUUAUGAUCUCUAAAAGCUAAAGAGAAUUUAGCCAAGUGUGGUCUAAAAUACAGACUACAAAUUACCAGGAAUAAUUUAGAUGCAAAGAUUUUUCUCACCUUCAUGUAAAGCAAUUGUGAGGACACAUCUGGAAGGGUAUAAUUGCCCAUAAGUGGAGCAGACUGUCUCAGAAAGCAGAGACAAAGAGAUGGCAGAUUUGACUAAUGAUUAAGGGUGCAGACAAUGAAAUAAAACAGCUCGACCAUAUAGUAGCUUUGCAUUCUUGGGCAACUUACUUAAUAUUUCUGAGCUUGUAUCUCUUAUCUGCAAAUAGUAAUAGUAAUAGUAAAUUUUUAUUAUAGGUACAUUUAAAAGAUAAGUCACAGUUUCACAGCAUGGAUCCAGUCCUUGGAACAUAGUAAGUACUAAUUAAAUGGUAUGUGUGUAUGUGUGUAAAUAUGUGCAAUUAUUAUUACCAUUGUUAAGUGAAUAAUGAGAAGGAGAACCUGCAUCUUCCAGUCAAUAGAUCCUGCUCUUCACUUAAAUAACCUUCCUAAUUAGUGCUUCUGUUUCUUUUAGUUCAACAUGAGACACUGUACUUUCCGCUUUGUCACAGUAACAUGAACUUGAUGCUUUCCUUGCUGCUACUGUUUGUUUUGUUUAAUAUUUCUAAGUAGCCAUAAGUCCAUGUAGAAAAAAAAUUAAAGUACUAGAAGAACAAGGGCAGUAUCAUGUGAUAAAACUGUGGAACUUAGCACUCUAAAAUCCAGAGGAAUGUAUUCUGAAGAAAAUGUUAUCUAAGUCUAUUCAACAGUGUUAUUUAACAAAACAUUUAUUGGAAAAUAAUUACAUAAUACCAGCAUUAAUAAAAAAUACUUAAAUAACUAUAUUUAAGAUGCAUAAAAUAAAGGGAAAUUUUUACUUAGUUGUUCAGGGAGACUAUUCAGGUGUGGCUAGAAGAUUUGCCAGAUAUUUUCAUGGACAUUUCAUAAACUUUACUGUGAUACCAGGAUGUUUUGUGCAGACAUUGUUGUAAAAAUUUUGGCUUCCAUGUAGCAGAUGAUGAAACCAGGCCUAUGGAAGACACUGUGCCAGUUAUUUUUAUUAUUUCAGCUAAUAAAAGGCUAAGCCAGGAUUCAUAUAGAGUGACCUGCAUCUUAAUACAAUCAUUUUCUGUUAUUUGCAGAGUGUAAUAAAUAGUUGGAGUUUGUUACUUAAAGAUAUCACAAGCCUUCCAAAUAUAAAUGUGCUCAAAGAGAAUAAAUCCAUGGAAAAAAGUUUUCUCACUUGAAGAUGUUUUGAGUAUAACUCUAAAUUUCUGCUCUUGUCAUGGUGGGCAAUUAUCAACCUUUACAAAAUAUCCCUUCCAAAAUUGGAUUGACUGACUCUGAAACCUCCAUCUCUUAUUACCUGAAAUUAUUGCAUAGAUUUUUCUCUUGUCUUUUCUAUGACGGCAGAUUGCUUCUGUUUAAAAACAUAGUCAAAGCUUGAUAAUGUGACUCUGUUGUUCAAAUUUGGGUGCUUCAUACCCCUACUCAGGGUCAGACUUUCUUAUAACUAUGAGGAAUCGCUCAGUGGUGACUGAGUUUGUUCUGCUGGGCAUCCCAAACACAGAGGGCCUGGAGACCAUGCUCUUUGUCCUGUUUUUGUCCUUUUACGUCUUCACCCUCAUGGGGAACCUGCUAAUCUUGCUCGCAAUUAUCUCCUCCACUCGGCUUCAUACCCCCAUGUACUUCUUCCUGUGCAAGCUAUCUAUUUUUGACAUAUUUUUCCCUUCUGUGAGUUCUCCCAAGAUGCUGUUCUACCUGUCAGGGAACAGCAGAGCCAUCUCCUAUGGGGGCUGUGUGUCCCAGCUCUUCUUCUACCAUUUUCUGGGCUGCACUGAGUGUUUUCUGUACACAGUGAUGGCCUACGACCGCUUUGUUGCCAUAUGUUUCCCUCUACGCUACACCAUAAUCAUGAGCCACAGAGUGUGCGCCAUCUUGGCUGCAGGGACCUCAUUUUUUGGCUGCAUUCAGGCCACCUUUCUGACCACUCUCACCUUCCAGCUGCCCUACUGUGGUCCCAAUGAGGUGGACUACUACUUCUGUGACAUCCCAGUGAUGCUGAAGCUGGCUUGUGCGGACACCUCAGCCCUGGAGAUGGUGGGGUUCAUCAGUGUUGGCCUCAUGCCCCUCAGCUGCUUCCUCCUCAUCCUCACCUCCUACAGCUGCAUUGUCUGCUCCAUCUUGCAGAUCCGCUCUGCAGAGGGCCGCCGCCGCGCCUUCUCCACCUGCAGUGCCCACCUCACAGCCAUCCUGCUUUUCUACAUGCCAGUGGUCCUCAUCUAUCUAAGGCCAACCCCAAGCCCCUGGAUGGAUGCAACUGUUCAGGUCCUGAAUAACUUGGUCACUCCCAUGCUAAACCCUUUGAUCUAUAGUCUGAGAAACAAGGAGGUGAAAUCAUCCCUGAGGAAGGCCCUCCACCUGAUUGGCUUCCUUCCUGAAUAAUUGUAGAGAGAGAUCAGUAGCUAACACUUCAGCCACACAUUAGAGCUGAUGAAAUACUUUUAUUUGGUUUGCAUAAGGUAUUAUUAUUAUUUCCAUUUUUUAGCAUGGGGGACUGAGAUGCUGAGAGUUAAAGUGAUUUGUCUCAGGAUGUGUAAGGAACAAGUAGCAGAAUGAAGACUCCAGGGUUGGUCUUCUGACUUUUCUUGUGGACAUCAGAGGGCUCCUAAAGAGGAAGAGAAGUUUUUCCCAGUAGGCUGAAAAAAAAAAAUGGAACUUGUGCUUCUCAAUAUUAAUUGUCUUCAUACUUUUUCAUUUCUACACCUCGUUUUCUUCUCAUUCUGUUGCUGUUUUAUCUUGGCUAAAGUGAUUGCCUUCUCAAAAAUCUAUAUUGGAAAAGCUAUCAUUUUAUUAGUCUAAAGGUUGUUGUUGAAGUGAGAGAGAAGCAUCUCUGUGGUUUCAAAUAACAUCCUGUACUUAAGAACCUUGAAGAAAUUGUAUGAAGAGAAAAAACUUCUGGCUAGGACUUGAGACAGGUCUCUGAGGUGAAGCAGAGGUACCAAUAUUCUGUAUCACUUACAAAUCCUGACUUUAGGGAUUGGACCUGAAAACAAGCCUUGAGUGUGCAAAUGCAGCAUGUGAGUAGAAAGCUUUUUUGUUUACUGAAAAGGUUUGACUUUGGUUUAAUUUCCCGUGUUUCUUGAUUUUGUUUUCUGGUUCAAAUAUCCUGCAAAUAAAAAAUAUGCCAUUUCAAUCAGGACAGCUAUCAUUUUCAUGUCCAAAUUUGUUAAGCCUUAUGUUUGGGGACUAUUUUUGUUGUGAAAUUUGUUGGAGUCUAAAUUUGCAAAUUAUGCUGUAUGCCUAUAUGAAUAUGUCACAAUAAAACCAACUGUUUGUACAAUUAA